AUGUAUUUAAAAUUUUCAAAAGGAAAAUAUAAAAUACAUAUGUAUGUAUAUUCUUCAGGAGUAAAGGUAAAUUUGAUAUUAAAAUUUGUGCAAACUUAUUGGAAAUAUGUUAUAUUAUCAAAACCAUAAAUCAAUGAAGGAUUUUUUUGCAAACUUGUAGCCAUUACAAAAUCUAAAUUCAUAAUAACUACGAAUAGGAAAGCUAUCUACUAUAUUGGAAAUUGUCUUCAAAGCAGGAUGCUGAAAUCUUCUGGCAGAACUGGAGGACUCUCGCGACUUUUCAUUUGAGACGUUAGCAGCUAAAAUUUAAUAUUCUACAACGUUUGUUUAAUUUCCUGUCAGUUAUAUUAAGACUUAAAAAUAAACCUUUUGAAAACAAUACAACUAUUCUUAUUUUUCUACUUUCAUGGAAGCUUUAAUUGAUAUAUCUCGUGGUUUCUAUGCACAAAUUCACUACGUAUAUAUGUAUGAAUAUACAUACAUACAUAUGUCAAUAUGUAAAUAUAUAGAUUUCUAAAUUACACUUGUGUGUGCAAGCAUAGUCUCAACCAGCUCUUUUAUCUGUGCUAACAAACAGUUGAGUGCCAGCUCGUUUUGGGAGAGUGGUUUCUGCUUUCAGUAGAAAUUUGCACGCUAUUAACCAGAAUAUUAGCAGUCAUAGGACACUCACUAAAUACAAUACGCAAAAGUAGUAAAGCCUCUAGAAUAUAUACAGUGCAGAGAACAAUUCUGAUAUGAAAAGAGCUCACAUGGAAAAGUUCAGAGAGCAUUUUUAUAAAUUGACUACAAUGCAAAAGACGCUCAUGCAAAGCUACUCAAAAAUAAAACACCAAAUAAAAUUUUUUUGUUAUUUCACUCAAGUAGCAAAUCGUCAAUGCACUUAUCACUUGCUGAACAAAAAUACACCUCACUACCGUUCUUUCAGAUGGAAUUGAGUGCUCUUGCUGGCAAGCCACAAACGUUCAAUUUUAACAUGCGACAGACAGAGAAAAGUAGAAGUAAAAUCAUACAACCCUAUAAGAAGCCCCAGAGUUAUAAAGAGUGAAUGAGGCAACGAACGUGGUGCCUUCGAGCAGAGCCAAAAGCAACGCUACCUAAAGCAGCGCGGCGAAAGAUUGGAAAUAACGAUAACAGCGAGAUGUUGCUGCGGCUGUUGAGUGUGAAAUUGCGGUUUAUUUAUUUUGAUUUGCUUUGAAUCUGCACCCCGGAUUUUAUGAGUGUUAUUGCCAUGUCAUUUUGAAUACCUCACAGAACGAAAUUAAGACGAGUAAUGUGAACUCCCAACCGAGCAAUAUACAUACAUAUGUACAUAAGUAUCUAUGUACUAUACAUAUGUAUGUGUGUAUAUUAAAAAAAACAUAUCUUUCUAUAGUUACGUACGAUAAUUGUGGUUAUUCUAUUUGUAGUUGUAACACAUAAAUAGUUGUGAAUAUCUAAUUAUUGUAAAGAGAGUUAUAAUCGACUUUUAUAUGGUAAUAUUAUAUAUUACCAUUUCUGUGGUGCAUGUAUGAAACCACUCACAACAUACUCUUAGUGCGCUUUCAUCCACCAAUUUCUCUCCAUGUAGCUCAAUUCUCUUCCAGUUGAAAUUCACAUGUGCAAAAAAUUGCAACAUUUCCAAUUAGCUUUACAUUUUGCCUUUUGCAUUGCAGCUCAAUUACUUACACAUACGAACUAAAUCCCAAUCAGUUACUGAGUGCCACUACGAAUAUCCACUCAACUCAUUCAAACGUAUUUUACUUCGUUUCAAUGGGUUGCCCUAUUUGUUCAUACCGCUGGUCACUGUGCCUCGCUGCUUCUGCCUAAGUGUAGUAUGUCAACCAUAUUUGAGUGUUUUAGAUCUCAAGCGCGACUGCUACUUUUGUAUUGUAAAGCUGCGGAUUCUGUCGUUGUCGCUGCCGCUGGAGCGUAAGCGUCGCUGCUUCUGCUGCCUCAAAUGAAAAUUGGAAAAUUUCAAAUACUCAAACACGAAAUAAAUACAAGUGUAUAACACAUAUAAAUGUUAAACACAAUACAUACAAGAUAAAUAAAUCAAAUAAGUUUUAAAAAAGAAAAAUUUCCAAAUUACAUAUGUAUUUCGAAGUUUUGUAAAAUAAGAAACAACCGCGAUAUAAUAUACAUAUAUAUAUUCUUCUCUUAAAAGAAAAAUGGUAGCCAUAAUGCUGUUAUUAUCCGAUCUUCAACAAUGUAGUUUACUAUCUUUACAAAUUUGUUUGCCGACUGACUAUUACUGCCAUUAUAAAUGAAAACACUUGAUAUGUGGCACAAUUUCUUCUAUUACAUUGGAUAUAUUACCUUGUUUCAAAGAUUCCGUUUACAUCGUCUUCAUUUGAUAAAACUAGAUUACAAUGUAACGAUCAGGGUAAGAGUCGGAUUAAAUUCACUCAUUUUACCAAGUCAUGCUGCAAAAGGGUACUGCUUUUUUGGUAUUCUUGUCAAUUUUUUUUUAAUUUUAUAGUUUUACACAUGAAUGACAUAUUUCCUUUUUUGCAAUGUUUUUUGAAAGUCUGUUAAUCAGUAAUUUUUUUUAAUUACAUUUCACUUAAUUUACUUCUAUAAUUUUUGGUUUGCUUUAAUGAAAGCUUAAGUUAAAAUACGGUCAUCUUACAUUCAAGAAUACAAAUUUGUAAAAUAAAUAUCCAUUAAAUGGAAGCUGUUCCCAAUGUUUUGUUAAACUAAAAUUAUUAAUGAAAUUCGAUAAAUACGAUGAAAGUAUUUAGCAUAAACUAUCAGCAAAAAUAAACAAAUUUAAAGACCGGACGCGCGAGGCAACAAAAUAAUGUGCAAUGUCAAAAUUUGUUUUCGAUAGUAUGCUACCGAAGUAUCCACAGUUUCAGCCAUUUAUCAGUUCACAUUUAACUUCAACCUCACAAAAUUCGUCAUCAGCAGCUGUUGCCGCCGCCCUCGCCGCCGCCGCAGCUUCCUCAACGGCUUCCGUUAAUACCUUAGCAAACAGCUUUAACAACAACAACGGCAUUAACUCCAACAAUCACCAUAGCGGUAGUCACAUAUCAUCUGUUGCCGUCCACUCAUCGUCUUUAUCGCCAUCGACGUCUAGCGUCAAUAUUAGCAGCAGUCAUUUAAACCAGUCGUCCAACUCACCGGUGUCCUCGUCUUCGCCGUCGUCAACUACUUUCGGAGCCCUUUCAACUCAACAACAGCAAUUGCAGCAAAACCACCAACACCACCAUCAGCAACAACAACAUCACAACCAAUAUUCUUUGUCGGCCGCCUUACAUUUACAACAGCAGCAGCAACAAUUACAUAUAAAUAAAUUAGCUGCCGCUGCCGCAGCAGUCAGUUCCCAAAGUGGUAACGGUCUGGGUCAUACUCACAGCAUUCAACAGCAACAGCAAUUGUCCCAUCAGCAAUUGUUACUCACACCCCCCUCUGGAACUAACUCCCAAGCAGGAGAUAGCAGUUGCUCACCGUCGCCCUCAGCCACAUCAUCUUCGCUGCAUCGCAGCAUCAGCGAUCACUCACCCACCGCCGCGUCCGCCGUUGCUGUUGCAUCCGCUGCAGCCGCUAGCACUGUAGCAGCAGCCGCAGCCGCCGCCGCCGCUGCCUCAUCUUUUGCAAUACCCACCAAUAAAAUGUAUCCAUACGUAUCAAAUCACCCAUCAUCGCACGGCAUCUCUGGCAUGCCGGGUUUUUCCGGACUGGAGGACAAAUCAUGCAGGUACACAGACAGUAUCAUGAACAGUUACCAAUCAAUGAGUGCACCCGCCUCUGCAUCUAGUUUUGCGCAGUUUUAUCAACAUGCCGCUGCUGCGUCAGCCGCUUCUGCUGGUGCUGUUGGUGUUGAUUCGCUCGGAAACGCUUGCACGCAGCCAUCAUCUGGCGUUUUAUCCACAGGUGGCGCUGGUCAGAGUAUUGCAGAUUUGCCAAGAUAUCCAUGGAUGACUUUAACAGAUUGGAUGGGAAGCCCCUUUGAGAGAGUCGUCUGCGCAGACUUUAAUGGUCCGAAUGGUUGUCCACGUCGUCGUGGUCGUCAAACAUAUACACGAUUUCAAACACUUGAGUUGGAAAAGGAAUUCCAUUUUAAUCACUAUCUAACCCGCCGGCGACGAAUUGAAAUCGCCCAUGCGCUUUGUCUUACUGAGCGUCAGAUAAAAAUAUGGUUUCAGAAUCGACGCAUGAAAUUGAAGAAGGAACUACGUGCCGUAAAAGAAAUCAACGAACAGGCUCGUCGCGACCGCGAAGAGCAAGAAAAAAUGAAAGCUCAAGAGUCCAUGAAAUCCGCCCAGCAAAAUGUUAACAAACAGGUGCAGCAACAGCAACAGCAACAGCAGCAACAACAACAACAGCACCAGCAACAGCAACAGGAUCAUCAUUCGAUCAUUGCACACAAUCCAGGACAUUUGCAUCACUCCGUCAUUGGUCAGAAUGAUCUUAAAUUAGGUUUGGGAAUGGGUGUUGGUUCGGGGGUGGGAGUGGGAGUAGGCGUUAGCGGUGGUAUCGGCGGUAAUUUAGGCAUGAUGAGUGCGCUCGAAAAGAGCAAUCAUGAUUUGCUCAAGGCUGUAAGUAAAGUUACUUCGUAAAUUCAUAAACACAAAAGCAUUAAUAGCGAAUGCAAACAUAGCCUAUAGUAGAGCAGUUGUUGCAUAUAUGACUAAUAUGUACGAGUAUAUGCCAUAAUAAUAUAUGGUCAAUGGUCAAUGGUCAAUGGGAUUAUGCUUGACAGAAAAGGAACAACACAAAUACUAAACGAAAGAUGAUAACUUAAAUACGUAAAACAUUUUACUUAGUAAAUUAGUUACAUAAGCCUGAAAACUAUAAAUUUAUAUAAACUAUACUUAAACCUAAAGUAUCACAUCAGAUAUGUAUAUGUAUCUGCAUAAAUAACUAUAUAUACAAAUAUAUACAAUAUAUAUAUAACACAUCAGUACAUGCAUGCAUAUUAUAAGUAAGGUGUUUAAAUUUAUACGCAUGCAGACACUUAAGCUUGUUAAAAUAUUGAAGAAAAGAGCAAAAGAGAUAUGCGAACACCAGAGCGCAGUUAGUCAAAGAACAAAAACAACAUGGUAAGAGAACAGAGCAUUUAAAAUUUUGUAAAUGGAAUUAAUGAUAAUUAACCAUGGUGAUAAAUUAUUGGUACUUCCACAAUUUUCAAACUUACUUAACGUAUAAAAAUAUGUUUGCAAUAAUAACCAAAAUUUUAGGCGAAUGUUUAAUCAACCAGCAACUUAUUAGUUAUAUUCUCCCGACUCCCUAUGACAUUUCAUAUUCCAAUAAAUAAACUAAUUUAUAUUUUUGCAAAAGUUUCUCUCCAAUGCCAUAACUUAGUGAUAAUGAAUUGAUUAAGUAAUAUAAUAAUGCUUACUAAAUUGUAUUUUGUAAUAUAAUGCAAAUUCUUUGCAAUUAUAAUCUCAUUAAUGAUUAAAACAACAUAUUUGGUAAGUUAUAGCUAUGCGAUAUUUAAAAAAUACAUUGUUGACUGCGUUGGUCUGUAGCAUAAGCAGAACCAUGAUUACCAAAACGAAACAAACAAGAAAACAUAGAAACUAGUAUACAUUUUAGCCAGUGACUAAAUAUAAAACUUAGAACUUUGCUUAAAAAAUUUUACAAGAAAAACAUCUAGCUACACAAAACAAUUUUAAAGUAGCUGGAUAUUAUGUUUCAUAAACAUACGUAGCAAUUAAAAUUAUUUCCUUCCUACAGAAAUAACACAGUUACAUACAUAUAUACGAUAAAUAAAGUUAUGUAUUAUACUGCAACUCCAUUUAAAUGAUUAAUUGGUUGAAGAUGCAGCAGUAAAUGUGUUAAUAAUGUAAUAUCAAAACAAUACGCAAAUGCAAGUGGUUAGCAAGGAAUGACUCAAUAUACGUAUUAGAUUUAAGCCCAUUAUAAAUGUAAUGUUUGCAUACAAAUAUAUUAUUUACUAAAAUAAUAAUAUAAAAUUUGUGAAUAAAUAGAAACGCCCACACAAAGCCACUGUAUUAAUCGACUUAUCAAUAGUUGAAACUAAAAUCUGCAAAAUAAAUUAAUUAAUAAGUGUAAUAUAUGUAACAGAAUUAAGUCGAUCGAGGACGCACUUAUAUUUGUAACAGCGAAGAGCAACAAAGCUUACAUUACGUUGAAUUGCGUUAUGUGAUUUAAAUAAUAUAUAAGCACACAUACAUACUAUAUAUGACUCAUUAAAACUAACUGAUUUGAUAGUUUCCACAGAAAUUUACACACGAUCGGAAUUUAUGUAAGAAAAUACUAAUUGACUGAGCCAUCACCUUUUACUAUGUUACGGACUAUGCAACUUAAUAAUUAAUAAUUGUAAUCAUUUACGAUUAUUUCCUAUUACUAUUGACACUUUUUAUCUCAUAUGUAUAUAAGGAAAACUGGGUAUAGUACAUGGGUUGCAUACUUUUCUUCCAUUUUUAUAUUGCUUUAACUAACUGUAAUUGAAGUAUGUUCACUUAUUUGAUUAUAUAAAUCAUUUGUGUUACUUUUAAAUCUGUUUUCUGUUAAGUUUAGUAAUUUUAAGGUAUCUUGAAAGUCUUAAUUACCUUUAAAUGAUAGGAUACCACCAAAAUUAAUAACCUUUAGUUGAUUUUGUUAACAAAUUGUUACACGAUUUGUCAAAUUGUAUAUUUUUCUUUGUGAGAUAGAAAUGAUUCUGUCAGAAACUCUUUGAUUCAAUGAAAGAAAUGAGUGCAAGUAUAUGCAUUUAAGAAAAUAUAUAUUUAAAAAAAUAA